CACCACACACCCUUUCUCAUAAAUCAUCAAUCAAACCCAUCGAUCGUCUCUUUCAGAUCAAUUCGGAAUUACGAUCGCCGGAAAAAUAAAAUUAAAUCGAAAGCCCAGUUGGAGAGAAAUGCAUGAUUUUUGCUUCACUAUCCCGUACGGGAUGAUUCUCAUCGGCGGAGGAUUUAUCGGGUUUAUGAAGAAAGGAAGUAUUACGUCAUUCGCCGGCGGUGCAGGCACUGGGUUAUUACUCAUUCUCGCUGGUUAUAUCAGUCUCAAAGCUUUUGAGAAGAAGAAGAAUUCGUAUAUCGCUAUGGUUCUCCAGACAGUUAUAGCAGCUGCUCUCACACUAGUCAUGGGACAACGUUACUUGCUGACUGGAAAGGUUAUGCCGCCUGGUUUGGUUGCUGGGAUCAGUGCUCUCAUGACCUGUUUCUACGUGUACAAGAUUGCGACUGGUGGCAAUAAAUUCCCAUCAAAAGCUGAAUGAUGGUUAUGCAACUCUGGUUUUUUCGUGGAUGCAGAUGAUACUCGCUGUUGUUAAAUUUGUCGAUUAGAAAUCUCUAUGGUGUUGACAAUGCUGCUGUUAUAACACCUUAAUAGCUUGUAUUAGUCAUAAGAAUUGCACAUGGUCUUAUGUGUUUCUGAUAUGAGUUUCUUGUCAUCGUGUUUUUGUUAACCACAAACUGUGUUGACUGUUGAGCCAUAUUAUAUAUGAAGAUAUCUGACGUUUUGAUA